CAAAUGCAGAGAACAUUGAUGAUUUAACGGUACCUCUGUUACAUAAACGAAUUUGAAAAUCUUGUCUCAAAAGAAUGAAACAAAUGCACCAUCAUUCCUCAUCGAACGUGCUGCUUCCACUUCCAGAUCUAGUGCCUCUGUGUUCUUCUGUCACCAUUUGAUUUCAUACUUCAACUUCACAUGUCUCCUUCUUCUUCUUCUUCAAUGAGGAGGAUUAUUCAGCUUUUCACUUGAAAGUUGAAGAAGCUUAGCAAACCCUCAUUUUGCUGAUCCAUGGAGUUCACUGAAUCUUACAAGCAAACGGGUCCCUGUUGUUUCUCUCCCAAUGCUCGCUUCAUUGCCGUCGCCGUCGAUUACCGCCUCGUCAUUCGGGAAACCCUCUCCUUCAAGGUUGUACAGUUGUUUUCAUGCUUGGACAAGAUUAGCUAUAUUGAAUGGGCACUUGAUUCUGAAUACAUUCUUUGUGGUCUUUAUAAACGGCCAAUGAUACAAGCUUGGUCACUGGCCCAGCCUGAAUGGACAUGCAAGAUAGAUGAAGGUCCGGCUGGUAUUGCCUAUGCUAGAUGGAGUCCAGAUAGCCGCCACAUUCUCACCACAUCCGAUUUCCAGUUGCGUUUAACAGUUUGGUCGUUGGUGAACACAGCUUGUGUGCAUGUGCAGUUGCCAAAGCAUGCUUCCAAGGGAGUUUCUUUCACACGUGAUGGAAAAUUUGCAGCAAUUUGCACUAGGCGGGAUUGUAAGGACUAUAUAAAUCUGGUAUCUUGUCAUACAUGGGAAAUCAUGGGCCUUUUUGCAGUUGAUACUCUAGACUUGGCUGAUAUUGAAUGGUCACCUGACGAUAGUGCUAUAGUGAUAUGGGAUUCACCACUUGAAUACAAGGUUCUAAUCUAUUCUCCAGAUGGAAGGUGCCUUUUCAAGUAUCAAGCAUACGAAUGUGGAUUGGGAGUUAAAAGUGUAUCGUGGUCUCCUUGUGGUCAGUUUCUGGCAGUGGGUAGUUAUGACCAGAUGCUGCGGGUCCUGAAUCACCUAACUUGGAAGACAUUUGCAGAGUUUAUGCACCUAUCUACUGUUCGUGGCCCUGGUUAUGCUGCUGUUUUCAAAGAAGUAGAUGAGCCACUUCAACUUGAUAUGUCAGAACUAUGUUUGAGCGAUGAUUUUCCCCAGGGAAAUGAUGAUUCUCCGGAGGAACCCUUUAGAGUCAGGUAUGAGGUAACUGAAAUCCCUAUCAAUUUACCGUUCCAGAAGCCUCCUGCUGAGAAACCUAACCCCAAACAAGGAAUUGGUAUUCUGUCAUGGAGCAGUGAUAGCCAAUAUAUAUGCACUCGAAAUGAUAGCAUGCCUACAGUGCUUUGGAUAUGGGAUGUUCGACAUCUUGAGGUUGCUGCAAUCUUAGUGCAGAAGGACCCUAUCAGAGCAGCAGCAUGGGAUCCAACAUCUGCUCGCCUUGUUCUUUGCACCGGGAGCACCCACUUGUAUAUGUGGACCCCUUCUGGCGCCUAUUGUGUUCAUGUUCCUCUGCCGCAAUUUAAUAUAACAGACCUGAAAUGGAAUUCUGAUGGCAGUUGUCUACUCCUUAAGGACAAGGAGUCAUUCUGUUGUGCUGCUGUGCCCUUAUUGCCAGAAUCAAGUGAAUACAGCUCAGAUGAGUGAUGCUUACAAGGGAGUAAAACAAAAAUGAUGGUAAAUUCGAGCGGCCUCUCGGUAUCUCUGUGCAUUUGUUGGAUAAGAGUCUAAGGUUUAAGAUCAUUCCUGAAGUUGUAAAUUCAAAAUCAGUGUCAGUGCCCCUCCUAUUAGUCAGGGAGGGUAUGCUACUGAUGAAUCAUUUUCAGGAGGGGCAAUUUAGCAGAGCAAUGUAGUGGGAGUUGCUAUAAGUGAAAACUUUGUAAUGCAUUUAAGAAAAAUUCAACGGCCAUCUUGGCCCUUGUUGUAGUAGCGCAUAUAGUAACAUUCUGGUUUUCCUGAUUGAUUUUUGAAAAUAUGUUGUGUUGAUUGGAAUGC